AUGGAUGCUUUCCAAACAAUCCUCAAGUUCUUUAUGAACCGGAAAACCGCCAUAGGUUACAGUUUUAUGGCGCUGCUGACAAUGGGAGGUGAACGCGUGUUUUCUCUUGUUGCUUUCAGAUGCCCUUGCAGCAAUGAAAACUUCAGGUACGGUUUGGUGUUCCUCUUCUCGCCAGCUCUAGUGUUGCUGGUUAUUGGAUACUUCUUGAACAGCAAGACCUGGAAACUCUUUACAGGCUGCUGGGCGAAUCCCAGGAAAAUAUUCCCCAGAGGGAAUGUCUGCCAUUUCUUUUACGUCUUUGGACAAAUCACUUUAAAUGCUCUGGUAGCCCCAGUGAUGUGGCUUUCCGUGGCUUUGCUCAACGGGACUUUUUACGAAUGUGCCAUGAGUGGCUUGAAAAAUCCUGCCUACUUACACGCAGUUUGCCACAGCAAAUCCGAGAAGUGCUUUGAAGAGCUACACAAGGUAGCCUGCGACAAAAGCUCCCUGCCCUUUUCAGAGAGUGACGAACUGAAAAGGACACUUCAAGCACAGUCCCAGAUUUUAGGCUGGUGUGUGAUAGUUACCACAGCUCUCCUCUCCCUGCUAACCACUUGCUGUGCCAGCUGCCAGUCAAAAGUCAGCCACCUUCAGCUGAUGUUCUGGAGAGUAUAUGAGGGGACAGAGAAGGAGCAACUGGAGCAGAUUUUCCAGCUGUAUGCCACCAAGUUGAGUGAGCGAAACCUGAAGUGCUUUUUUGAAAACAAGGAACCAGAACCCAUUUCCCUGCCAGCUUUCCAGGCAUGGGAAGACGCUUCCCAGCUCUACUCUUUCAGCAGCAGCAAACAGCAUUAUAGCACGAUUCACAGACUAGUUGAAGAAGGCCAGAAAGGAAUCAGUGAGGAAAGAGAGACAAGGCUGGACCUUGAGGACAGAAGGGAUAUACCAUAG